CUGAUCAACCGAAUGAAGGCUGCAGGGGUGUCGACCAUCAGUACGCGUUUGCAAGGUGCACUCACAGGAUCAAUGACAGCCGCUGCACUGCACAGGUCACCUGACAGGACAUUCACCAACCCAGAGGGUCUCUCCCUGGGCACACCGGUAAGAGAUUAA